AUGGUCCGAACCGCUACCCGACGAAACCAGAAACGUGCCGCCAAGGCAGCCAAGGCAACUCCGACUUCCUCGAACUCGGCGCCAGCUAACGUUGUGAAACGAGAACCUCGUCGAUGGGCUGCACGAUCACCACCUCUUCGAUCGGCUCGACCGCUCUCAAACGACGAAUGGCCAGAACUACCACGAUCUUCUUCUUCUGAUGAAGCGCCUCCAGCUUCGCCAAUCGGUUCGCCACCACGUGCGCCCGCUACGCCCCGACAAAGUACUCCGAAGAAAUCCGACCACCCGCAGAAACUUCGAACUGGUAUUCGAAUGUUUCAGUUUGACGACAUUGGACAAGAAACUCGUCAAGCGCCUCCUCUUCCCGAUCGACCCCCUGUCGGCACUCCCGACGAUAUUUCUCUUGCUGAAACAACGUCUCUUGAUAGGCGUCAAGAUGCGGAAGAAACCGUCCUUCUCAAUGACGGGGACGAAACAAAACUUGAAGCCUUCACUUCAGGAUUUUUGUUGAAGAGUGACAUCGCGGAAUUUUCCUCGUUGUCUCGCUACAACGACGAUGUUGUGAAAUCUGAUUGGUUCUUUCGACCUAUUAAGAACCGAUCAGCUGUGGAUGGCAACUGGAAUUUCCCUGCCGACUGGGCAAUGUAUGUUCAGCGCGGGGAAGGCGGCGCUCCGCAGCCACAGUAUUCUGCAAGUUCUCGUUCGCUUGAUGGUGGCAAUGCUCUUGAAGAUCGCAUCUCCGUCGCCUCUUCUGUCCAAGGCCAAUUUGCGGUUCCGACUGUUCCUCAACAGACGAGCCGUCAAGAGUGGAAUUCUCGUCAAUCGACUGGCGAAAGAGAAUUGUUUCCGGAAACCACCCCGAUGCCUCAGAAUCAACAAACUUCUGCGCCUUCCACCACGGUCCCUCCAACCGGCGGUCAUACUUCGACUACUACGUCUUUCGCGGCUGGAGCUGGAGUUGGUGGUGGAACUGGCACUUCAACCGCCUUCCCUGCUGCGCCCACUAACAUCGGGGUCCACAUGAACGAUGUUUCUCGAACUCGGGUCGAGAAUGAACACCAGCCGCUGCUUGUUGGUCGGGGUGUCGGCAAUCCAAGCGUUGCGACCCGAUCUCCAACGUUCUGCUUUGCGACAAAAGCGUUCUGGACAAACUGCGCGGUGUUUGCGGCGGGUGCUUUGAUUGCGCUAAGCGCAUACAUAUUGUACUCCACGUACAAUAAUUGCGUGCCCUCCGCCCUAGUUAACCGCCGCGAUGACCUUUCUAUCGAGUCCACUACUCGUGACGGUCAAGUCCAGACCGACGACCUCGAUGCAAUCCCCAGCGUGAGCCGAGUCGCCGAUGAGGAGGAAUCCCAAGAGCAUGACGAGUACCGACUUCGAACUGGCUCGGCUCAUCGUGCCCGACGUGGCACCCGCACCCUCUUUUUCCACCCUGGUCCAUAUGGCCGUGUUGACGAUUCUGGAGUCGUCAUGCAAAACGACUAUGAUGUGGACACCAGCAGCUUCUCAGCGAGUUCCAAAUGGUACUCCGGUGAUUUGGAUGCAAUCUCCAGUAUUACCGACAUAAUCAACCGCCGCAGAGCUGCUGUCACUCAGCUCUUUGAAGAUGACGAAAAUUCUUCGUCGGAGGAAGACAGCGUUUACUUCAUUGCUGGGCUCUUUUCCGAGCCUGAAUUAGAGGGCAGCGGCAGUGAGGCAAGUGUUGAUCUUACUUCAACUGCUCUCUCCGACGACGAUCCCGCGAUCGAGGCAGUGCCUGUAGUUUACGUCGCCGAGACUGAUGGAAGCGGAUCUGGCGACUUUUCUCUUCCUGCUGCAGGUGCUGAUAUGGAGGUCUCUGCUGUCGCCGAUAACUACGUCGAUGCGGAGAUUUCUUCCAACGACACUGCCGAUGCUAUUCCAACUGACUUCAACAUCACAGCUGGUUCCAACUCUUCUGAAGCGAUGGAACUAGCUGAGCUCAACUAA